UAUAGUACUACCACAAAUCUCAAUCUCAAUACCAAAGUUUCAAACAUGAUUGUUGACAAGCUCACGAUCAAACAUUUCCUAUUUCCGCAGCUUCUCAUCCUAUUUUAUCUCUUUAUGAUCACUAAUUUCUUCUCUCUACUAACCUCAUUUACAUUUGCAAGUGCUAUGUACUUCAACUUCACCAGUUUUAGUAACACAGACACCAACAUAUUCUAUGAGAGAGCUUACCCUGAACUUGAAAACCAAGCCAUCCAACUCACGGGCGACAAACUCAUAAAUCAGGUGAUGGGUCGAGCCACUUAUUUCAAACCCAUGCACCUUUGGGAUAAGACCUCCGGAAACCUCACAGAUUUCACAACCCAUUUUUCCUUUGUCAUUGAUUCGCAGAAUCAACCUAAAUUUGCUGACGGGCUGGCCUUCUUCCUCUCACCAAACGAUUCCAAGAUUCCUAUGGGGGCUUAUGGUCGCGUUUUGGGUCUUACUACCCAAGCUGAGGCAUUAAACUCAGUGGCUAAUCCUUUUGUUGCAGUGGAGUUCGAUAUCUGGUCCAAUUUCGAAUGGGAUCCGGAGGGGGAACAUGUAGGUAUUGAUAUUAACUCCAUGAAAUCUGUUGCUAAUGCGUCAUGGUUUAGUGAUAUUACUAUAAUGGAAGGGAGAAUAAAUGAAGCUUUGAUUAGUUACAAUUCUAGUUCAUAUAAUUUGAGUGUUGUCUUCACUGGUUUUAAAAACAAUCGUACUAUAUUCCAAACACUUUCUCAUAUUGUUGAUUUGAGAAAUCUCCUUCCCGAAUGGGUUACUUUUGGAUUCUCAGCCGCAACAGGAGCAGAAAGCUGCGUAAUGCAUACUAUUUAUACUUGGAAUUUUAGUUCAAGUUUGGAAAUUGAUAAUAACAUUAUUAGCCCAGAAGGUCCCAGUCCAGCCCUCUCCUCUAAGAAAAGGAACACAAAUAGGUUAGCUGUGGAAUUCAGUGUUGGUGGAUUUAUUUUAGUUGGUGGGUCCGCCAUGAUUCUGUUUGCCUUGUGGAAGAUGAAUAGGAGGCAUAAAGAAGAUGAUCAUGCCCUUGAUGAAGAAUUUAAAAAGGGAACAGGACCUAGGAGGUUUUCAUACAAUGAAUUGGCUCAUGCGACAAAUGAUUUCAAUGACAAAGAAAAGCUAGGCCAAGGAGGAUUUGGUGGGGUUUAUAGGGGAUUUUUAAGGGACUCCAUUGUUGCUAUUAAAAGAGUAUCAGAUGGGUCUAGACAAGGAAUAAGAGAGUAUGCAUCAGAAGUAAAAAUCAUCAGUCAAUUAAGACACAAGAAUUUGAUACAACUCAUUGGAUGGUGCCACGAAAGAAGCAGAGGACACCUAUUACUUGUUUAUGAUUUCAUGCCUAAUGGAAGCUUAGAUUCACAUCUUUUUAGAAACGAUGCCUUAUUGAUAUGGGAAGUGAGGUACAAAAUUGUACAAGACUUAGCUUCGGCCUUGUUUUACUUGCAUGAAGGAUGGGAACGUUGUGUGUUGCAUAGAGAUAUAAAAUCAAGCAAUAUUAUGCUUGAUUCAAAUUUCAAUGCCAAACUUGGGGAUUUUGGAUUAGCUAGGCUUGUGGACCAUGAUAAUGCGUCACAAAUUACUGAUUUGGCAGGCACCAAGGGCUAUAUGGAUCCAGAAUGUGUUACAACUCGUAGAGCAAGUAAGGAAUCAGAUAUAUACAGUUUUGGAAUUGUUGCAUUGGAGUUGGCCUGUGGAAGAAAACCAGUCGACCACAAGGCCAUAGAAGAUCAAAUAGUCAUGUUGGACUGGGUAAGGGUGCUCUAUGAAAAAGGAGAGACUCUUAGUGCAGUUGAUCAAAGGCUAGGUGGAUGUUUUGAUGAGCAACAAAUGAAGUGCUUGUUGAUUGUUGGGCUUUGGUGUGCUCACUCCAAAUGCAAUCGUAGGCCUUCAAUAAGGGAAGUAGUUCAAGUGCUCAAUUUUGAAGUUUCGUUGCCUCCUCUCCAAUUAGAUAGCCCUGGAUCAUCAAAUUGUACUCCAGCAGUGAAUGAAGCUACAUCUUUUCUUUCAACGUCCAAUGGUGCUACUGAUUCUAAGGGAUGAAAAACAAAAUCCAUUUUCAAGCUUAGCUUCAAUACCUAUUCCACAGAGUUUAAUCACUCUUUGUCGCUUAUCUACUUGCAUUGUUUUGGUUGUUAGAAGUUAAACUUGUUUUAUUUGAACUUUUAUUAAAACUAAGAGUGUUGUAUAUCAAAUUAGUGUGGAAUAAAUGUGGGGGAGUUUAUUGAAAAUAAAAAUAUGUGUUCUUCUCA